AUUAUUGUUGUCAUCAUCAAGUAAAUGUUCUUUUUCUGGAGAUGAAUCUUUACAUCAAGUCUUCCUUGAGAAGAUACUCCUUGUUUUACUUCAUUACCAGGGUCAUUUUCCAUUCUGUCGAGCUUGUAGGAUUGAUGGAGAUGAUCCCUGCUGCAGCCCCUCAUACGCAUGCAUGUCAUACUAAUGUCAAGAAACAGAGGCAUCUACUGGAGCAUCGGAUUGGCAUUUAUAGGUUCACUUGCAGGAAAGCGAAAUGCUUCCAAGAUGAGGUUUGAAGGAACCAAUCCGUGUGAAUCCCCAGCUCUUCAAGAGCAAGACCUGUAGAUGCUGCUCCUUGAUGGUCAUUAAUGGUCAGUAUAUAAAGCUGUAUUUAUUUCAUCUGAUCGCUAUGGUUUCCAGCUUCUUGUCCCUCGAUUGAUAUCAGCUUGGAAUAAGGUUCAUGUAAUGUCAUGUGAUGGCCUCUGUUUUGAAUGCUGCUGUUGAUAAGAAUGUGCUGAUGCUACCUGUCACCUAAUUCCUAUAUCAUGUUGACGUGACGGUUCUGUUUCUUUAAUCUAUUGGUAGUCCAUCAAAGGUGACCUCAGUUUAUGCCGACAUAAGAUACAAAACGACGGUAGUAGAGAAAUCCGUCGUUGGAUCUCAUCCAAAUCAGUGCCUGGUUUGAAUGGCCUCAGGAUGUGAUCGACGUGUUCGACCAAAUGACCGAAGGCUUAUACGGCGAGAUUCCAUCUACAUUAACAUGUCCACUGCGUAGUUUUGUCCGGAAGCAUGCAGAGCCAGCCGAGAGACAAGCGAUCAUGUGAACUUUGGAUUCAGUGGCGUUGGAAUUGUGGCCAUGGUUCUCCUAUGAACACGGAUCAUGAACUACAAACUCGACAUUCCAUCGAGGGGACUUCACUUAUCCUCGGACGAUGGCUGCAAGAGCUCACUGCUCGCUGGCUCUCUCGCUCCUCUGCAUCUUCCUCUGUUCCUCUGCUAGUGGUGGCGCAAGGGAGCAGCUCCCCUCCGCGCUCGUCGUCGGAACCGUCUUCUGUGACACCUGCUUCCGCCAGGAAUUGGCUGAGUCCAGCUACUUCAUCUCAGGUGCUUCGGUGGCGGUCGAGUGCGGAGACGCUGCGAACCAGCUCGGCUACAGGAAGGUGGCGACGACGGACCGGCGCGGAGUGUUUGGAGUUCGCUUGCCGCCGAGAAUAAGCAGGAACUUAGGUUUGGUGGAGGCUUGCUCGGUGAAGCUGCUCAGAAGCAAUGAACCGUUCUGCGCGGUGGCGGCCUCGGCGACCACCGCCGGCCUGCGUCUCCAGUCGAGGAGGAACGGCGUUCGUGUCUACUCUGCUGGGUUCUUCAGCUUCAAGCCACUGAACCAACCCGAGCUGUGCCAUCAGAAACCACAGCUAGACCAGGCUGCGUUCUUCCUGCCAUCGCCACCGAGCUUCGGCGGAGUUCCACUACCGGAAAACCCGUUGUUUCCGCCGCCAUCCCUUCUGCCACCAAACCCGCUCCAGCCACCACCGUCGGUUCUCCCGCCGUUCCCGCUGCAGCCGCCUCCAUCGCCGUCCUUCAACUUACCUCCAGUUCCCCUGCUGACACCGCCGCCACCACCGCCGGCCUUGCCCUUCCCUCCGGUCCCGUUCGUGCCAGCUCCUCGGUUCCCUGGCGUCCCACCUGCCUCCUCUUCGAAGAAGACAUCGCCAUGAACGGGCCGUUGCGACCAACCCGUAUUGCAUGUGCUAAGUACGUGAAUCCUGUGACGCUCUCCACGUCUGUGCUUCUAUACUUGAGUGAAAACUGAUGUAGAUCCGAGUGAUCGUGCUGCAACAAAACCCUAAGGUGUCACCAAAGGAUCCUGAAAUGCUACUCGGCACUAUAAUUUGGCCAACAAGAACUUGCUCUUUAUCA